AUGGGCUCUGAUGAUGAUCAAUCAGAUGAGAUGGCUCUGAACUUGACAAAGGCUGCAACUGAUCAAGGUCAGGGAGGCCUGGAGGAAAAAACCCGUUCAAAUUCAACCACCCAACUGACGGUUGACUUGGUAAAGGAUGAUCCAAGGGAUGACCCCAUGGAACUGUUUCAAACCGUUUGGCAUGCUUUGAUACCUCCCAAGAGCGGACACAAGCAACCCCCUCCUUCCAAAAUCGCCGAGGAUGGCGCACUACCAUUGCAAGCGAUCCGCACCUUGGGGCAAGUCAAAAGGUUUGAGAACCAUUGCUUAAGGAGCCAAUCAACCUCCACCACAACAAGAAGCUGA